UUGCGCUUUACGAGUCCGCUGUCUUUGUGAGGCGAACGGUAACGAUUGACGGUGAGCUCAGCAAGUCCAAAAAUUGGAUUAUUUUCAAAGAGUUGGUUGAGUGACACCGAACCCAAAGUGGCAGCCCCCUCAGCCAAUCACAAGUGCGUGUGGGCGUGGCCACAGCGAGUGCGGUUGACCCGCAGCGCACACACAAUGGCUGCUCGAAAGAGGAGAAAGCAAACAAUUUUCAGGCCCGCCGCGUCCCGCAAAAAAUAUGAGAAAAAAUUUUUUAAAAAUACGGAAAACAGUUGAAAGUCCAGAAAAACACAACAGAAAGGAUGUUAAAGCGACCGGGGCCUCCGAGUCCAGGCAGUGUUGAAGGCACCAAACUGGAUAGGAUAGCCACAUUAGAAUAAGUCGGGCACCAUGCUGCUGUCUAUGUAGCGGCUCUGCUCUAGGGCGCCAUGGCCUCGGGAAGUCAGGACCACCGCAGGCGCUUCCUGGAGAAAGCCAAGCUCGCGCCACCCUCAGCAAGGCGCCGAAGAUCAGAAGUAAAAGCAAAAAAAAAUUUUCUUUGCCCGGAGUGUCAGAAAUCAUUCAACAGUCUGGAAAAACUGAAGGUGCACUCAUAUUCUCACACAGGAGAAAGACCUUACCGCUGCUCCCAACCGGACUGCACCAAGGCUUUCGUCUCCAAAUACAAGCUGCUACGGCAUAUGGCAACUCACUCUCCAGAAAAAACCCACAAGUGUUCAUACUGUGAGAAAAUGUUCCACCGCAAGGAUCACCUGAAAAAUCACCUCCACACUCACGACCCGCACAAAGAGGCCUUCACCUGCCGGGAGUGCGGCAAGAGCUACAACACCAAGCUGGGCUUCAAGCGCCACAUUGCCCUCCAUGCCGCCAACAGUGGAGACCUCACCUGCCAGGUGUGUCUGCAGCAGUUCCCCAGCACCGGGGUUCUCCUGGAACACCUCAAAACCCAUUCGGGCAAGUCUUCUGGUGGGACCAAAGAGAAAAAACAUUGCUGUGAGCACUGCGAGCGAUGUUUUUACACCCGUAAAGAUGUGCGACGCCACAUGGUGGUGCACACUGGGCGCAAGGACUUCCUGUGUCAGUACUGUGCCCAGCGCUUCGGAAGGAAAGACCACCUGACGCGUCAUGUCAAGAAAAGCCAUGCCAGGGAGCUGCUGAGAGUAAAGACUGAGCCAACAGAUCUGCUGGGGCCGGUGUUGGAUCUGCCAUCAGGGAGCAUAAAGGCCGAGCUCCUGGGAAUGUUAACACCCAAGUCCCACCAGCCCAACACAUGUCCUGGACUGGCCGUUGAUCCACAGCCCUUUUUUCCCCCCUUUUCCUUAAAAUACCCUCUGGGGCCCAAUGUUACCUCAUACUCGCCCUCCCCGCAUCAGAGGGAGCAGGCUCUAAAGGGAGAACUGGAGACGUACCUGAUGGAGUUGCAGAGCAGCACGCCAUCCUCCUCCUCUGCAACCCAGGAACCCCAGCGGUCUUCUUCCAAACCCGGGAUGGAGCCCGCAGAAAGUGCCUUGGAGGAUCCAAACCAGGAGGAGGAGGAGGAGGAGGAGGCCCUGUCCAAAAUGUCCACACUGGCGGCCGUCACUACAGGUGACUCUCUGGCCUCAUCGUCUCCUCUGAUGGACUUUACUCAGCUGUUCAGCUUCCUUCCAUACAGUCAGGUUGUGGGCGGCAGCGGACCAGUUAAUGAAGAACCUGCACAUUUGCCCCAGCUGUCUGCUCCGCCCCCCACGAGCCCCGAUGCUCCAGAGAAUCCACUUCCAGGAAUACCCUCAUCCUUUUUAUCCUCCAUGAGCACGCCGACCACACUUCCUCGCUUCCAUCACGCUUUCCAGUAGUCGGCAGUUUACAGACAUCCCACAGCAAAAACAGCCACUUGCUGAGCGAGCAGAGAGACGCCAACAAGAGGCCUGUUGGUUGAAGGAAUCCAUGAUCAGAGUAAGGGUUGGAUGAUGAUCGGGACACCCCCCUCCCACACCCCCCCCCCACCACCACUCAGUCAUUGGUCAAUGCUGGGAUGUGUUCCUGCUGUCGAGAUGAAGAGCACUUUUCAACCCGCACUGUAAGAAAAAGCUCCUUUCAGCUCCUUCAGGUUUUUCUUCCAUGUUCACCUUCCUGGUCUUUCUCAUCUGCUCUGAAAAUGAGAAGCGAAGCAUGCAUAUGUUAUUUUUCUAAAGCAUUUUAGAGGACCAAUAUCUACAUUACCUGAGCUGUUUGAAACGCAUUCAAUACAUUUUCUAUAUCCUAAAGUGCCCAGCAGUCACUCAAGCUGCUGCUUCAUGAGAAAAACAACGUCCUGCAUCCAGAUCCUCACUUGGUUUCUUCUCUGUCAGCAGCAUAAUGUCUGAACAUUAUGCUUGAGCCUCAGUCACCAACGGAACGGACUUUUCCUGUAACCAUGGAGAGAUUACAGAGAUGACACAUAAAUGUCACCGUCAGUCUUCAAGAUCAUAAUUGUAGAAGAAGCUUUCAGAAAAGAAGCUGCAUCCACCUAUGAUUACUCUGGUGAUGGACCCAUGAAGGUUUUCCACACCAAUUCCAGUCCUUUGGACCCACUUUCCUCCAUAUUGUCACUUUUUCUGUUUAUGCACAGCUGCCUUUACUUGCUGUCAUCACUAAAAGCAGACGACUUGGUGGUCCUGAAGGAACCCCUUCCAGUCCAAACCCCACCCUUUGAAAUCUCCAAUCCAUGCCGUGGUUUGGACCAAACACUCUCCUGGUAAUUGACCUGAACAACUUGAACCCUGCUCAGAUUUUAGAAGGGGAAUGCUGCUAUCCGUGGAAAAGCGUUUGACUGGGUGGCUGAGCCAGAAAAACAGAAGUUGAAUUUAAAAUCUCUCUCUUUAGGACCACACGCUGUCCCCAACUUACAGAGAAACUUUUUUUAACCAGCGGUUACCUCCAGAUUUCAGCUGUCAGUCAUUUAACAUGUUCAUUAUUUGAUUCUAUAAAAAACAGGUCAAACAUGCAGAGAACUUUGAAAAAUGGCUCAAAUAGGCUGAACAUGAACAUUCAUUACAAUUACCGCAUGUUCCUCUCAACAUGAGAUGGUUCUUUACAUUUUAAUGCAAUUUUCAACUCUGACAAUGUUACAUUUACUAAGGAAUAUUUCGAUAUCUUUAUAAUGUUUAGAUGUUGCAUUAAAGACAUUUUUGUUGCCUACAUGGAGGCCCCUAAAUGUCUUUGGUCCUGUUCACUGAAGUCCAACAAUUCAGUUCUUCGGUAGAUGUCUGGUGAGGGAUGGAACCUGCUGCUGAAAGAGGCCGUGGUGCACACCUGAACGGUUUGUGGCAGAGGCUGAGAGUGGGCUUGUUAGUGAUCAGCCCCCACUUUAGCCACGGCGGUGUGUAAAUGCUUGAAGCUGCUCUGGUAGAUCCACGAAGAGCCAGGUCUCUUUGGUUCCUCCUGCUCCGAUCACGGCAUGCGUGACUUUAAUGGCUGCUCCUCGCUUUGACAAUGAGAAAGGAGGCUGAAUGGAAGAGGAGAGGCUUCCGUCACUCCCCAUGUCUGUCUGUUGUUCAGCACUCAUUUCAUAUAAAAGUCCAACUGUUGUGGGGAGAUAACGUUUUUGAACUCUCAAAUGUGGAAGUUUCCUCUCCGUUUUCCAUCACAUACAUUUAUCAUCCAUGUGUAUUUAUAUUUAAUGUUUUAAAAUGGGAAAAUAGGUUGAAUGGUAAAGAUAACUGCAGCUGAGCUGCACUGGAGCCUCAGCAAUGAAGAAAGAGACAGAGGCACAACGUUUGUUAUGAUGAGCAGAGGGGGGGAUUUGAUAAAAAAGAGUGAGUUUCUAAACUUCAGGAUCCUCCAGUUAAGCUGAUAAAAGGAAGAUUUUCAUGAUUAAAGACAAACCUGGAAACAAUCUAGCUUAAUGCAGAUUCUCUUUCUUCAUGUUGGAAAUGUUAGAGACGAAGGCGAUGAUCUGUGGAAGCGAGUCUUUGUUCACUUGUCGUGUAGAACAAGACACUGGACUAGUCCUACAGCAACCAGGAAGAGGAAACUUCCUUUUUAUAACCAGAAGCUGUCCAUCAGCCACAAGAGAAAACAUCUCAUGAGCAUCUACAGGUGAAUGUUACACGGUAAAAGAUGCUUGUCCUAGAAGAGAAAGUUAACAUUGCAUGAAUGUGGACUUUCCUGAACGGCUGGAUGGUUUGAAAACAUUUAUCAGGGUGGAAAUCCAGAUGUAGUGAAGCUUUGAGCUCUCACUAAGAGUUUGAAACGUACUAUUUUUGUCCUUCAUAGCACUUUGAAUAGAGUGUCCUACUUCCUUUAAACCUUUAUAAUAAAUGUAUAGAAAAUAUAUUUAGAUCUAUCAGACAGCACUUCUGUGUAAAUACUUUCAAAUGUUUGACUUUUACCGGUUGUUUAACAGACGUUUAGCCUCUUUGCACAGGGGCUCUGUAUGUCUUAAGCUAUGCUUCUUUAAACAGAGAUUUCUGUGUAUUUGUUAUGAGGGUAAACAUCUGGUAUAGUAAAUAUUGAAAUCCACAAUGUCAUUUUUUUAGUACCUAAUUCUGACUUGUAUUCAUGGUUCUUGUAUUUGCUUAAAAAACUGUAAAAGUUCUGAUUUUCUGAAGACUCAGAAAUGAGGUUGAUAUGCUGACAUCAUGGACCGGACCUCCAGCUCUGAAGCUGAUCUGUGAAGACUCCCGUUUUAAAAAGGUCAUCCGGAUUUAGUUUAUCGGUUGAAGACAGUUCACCUCUUAUCCCAAGAGGGUUUCCUAGUUCUGCUGCAUCUCCAAGCUCAGAGGUUUGCACUGGUUUGAUGUAUGGAUCCAAUAUGAAACUGAAACCAGCAUUUCUGAUGACAAAUCAACAAAUUCCCUUUGGUCUGUAGUCAUUUAGGAAGAAAGAGGGUUUUAGCGAGAAGCCAAAAAGCGGGCAAACGUAGUCUUGGUGGCGUCCGUGGUACAGAGGAGUGUCUGAAUGUGUGUCAGACACACGGCCAUGUGCCUUGGUGUUGGAUUUAGCUGCUAACGUGUCUGCAGCUCCUGAAGGGGCGCGGAACUCCACUUCCUCCGUUUCUGAUGUACGAUGCGCACCGGGCUGAACAUGUACUCCUGUUGUACUGUGACUGCUGUCAGCUGGUGACCCAUGUGCCUGUCAUGCCCCCCCCCCCACACCUGUCACUGCUGAAACACUUGAGUCCAGGCUUUGCUGAAGGAGUUCAUGACUACACUCCGCUUUUACAUGUUCCUAGCAGUGAGCGAGUACAGCCUCUUUGUUAUUUUCCAGAUCCAUUACACAAACUACUGUUGUAUUUGUACACACAUAGAUAAAGUCAUGCAUAAAAAAAGAAGUGAACAGAAUGUUUAGGGUGUGUAAAAUAAGUAUUAAUGCUGCCUUUCUUCAAACAUAGGCAUAAUCCAAAGAAACCGAUUAUUUAUUGCUUGUCAGAAUAACCUGGUUUAAUUCAAACACAUUGCUGCUAUGGGAGUGAGGAGUUGUAGUCAACGACUCCAGUGUUUCUACUCUGUAAUGAAAGUUAAAUAAAUAUAAGAGGAAAACCCAA